UGGGAGGACCCAAACAGUCACGUGGUCUCUCCGCCACAGCCAUUUCUUUAUUAACGUCAGGAAAAAAUUUGCCAGUAAAUUUGAAAGGUCUUUUUCUACAUUUCACUUUUUUAUUUGGGCUACAAGAUGGCUGAAAAUGGGGAGGAGCAAAUGGACCAACAGACAGAAGACCAGCUUUUAGGUAUAAAACAAGAAGAAAUGGAAACGGAACUAAACGGAUACGCAGAUGAUUUACAGAAAUUAUUGGACUACGGAAUUUCAAAAAAAGUUUCCAUGCAACUGAUAAAAAUCUAUAUAUCAGGUACAGGUAAAUUAACGCCAUCAGAUUUGGAUGAGAGAGCUUUGGAUGCUCUGAAAGAAUUUAACGCUGAUGACGCUGUUGAAGUUUUGAAACAAUUUAAUGAGAGUAACUUAGAACAUGUCGGCAACAAAAGUGCUUUCCUCUGUGGACAAAUGAAAACAUUCAGACAAAAAUCAAAACAGGGAGCUCAACCAGCCCUUGCUAAAGGCCCUGAUGAGGCUAAAUUAAAGGAAAUAUUGGACAGAACGGGCUAUUCUCUUGAUAUAACAACCGGACAACGUAAAUAUGGUGGACCUCCACCAGAUUGUGACGGGGUACAACCAGGCCCUGGACACGAGGUAUUUGUUGGUAAAAUUCCAAAAGAUAUUUUUGAAGAUGAACUUGUUCCAUUAUUUGAGAAAACUGGUAAAAUCUGGGAUUUGAGGUUGAUGAUGGACCCAUUAUUAGGGCAGAAUCGUGGCUACUGCUUUGUUACAUAUUGUGACAAGGAAGGAGCUAAAAACGCAGUCAAACAGCUUGACGAUUACGAGAUCCGUAAGGGUAAGACGUUAAAGGUUAACGUGUCCAUUGCCAACUUGAGAUUAUUCGUUGGAAAUAUUCCUAAAAACAAGACAAGAGAGGAAAUAAAAGAAGAAUUCACCAGAAGAACAGAUGGACUACAAGAUGUCAUUGUUUAUGGCUCAGCAGAUAAUCCUAAAUUGAAGAACCGAGGGUUUGCCUUUCUUGAAUACGAUUCCCACAAAGCUGCUUCAACAGCUAAGAGAAAGAUUGGUUCUGGUCGAGUUAAGGUGUGGGGUUGUGACAUCAUUGUCGAUUGGGCUGAUCCACAAGAAGAACCCGAUGAUGAAACAAUGGAUAAGGUCAAGGUUCUUUAUCUAAGAAAUCUGACAUCUGAAGUUACAGAGGAGGCGUUAAAAGAAAAAUUCGAAGCAUUUGGUAAAGUUGAACGGGUAAAAAAGAUAAAAGAUUACGCUUUUGUUCAUUUUGAAGAGCGAGAUUUUGCUGUAAAAGCCAUGGAAGAACUUAAAGGAACAAAAAUUGGUAAUUUGGAGGUUGAAAUCUCAUUGGCCAAACCUCAAAAUGAUAACAAAAAGAAAGAGAUCAGAAAACGAGACUUUGACAGAAGAUAUCCUGGGCGAGGCUAUGGAGGGUACGAUGAUUACUGGGGACCACCAACAAGAAUGCCACCAGGCCGUGGAGGAAUGAGAGGAGGUCGAAUGCCCAUGCCUCCCAGAGCAUAUGCAGAUCCAUACUAUGAUGAUUUCUAUGGUUACGAUGAUUUUGAUUAUUAUGGAGGUUAUGCGCCCGUGCCUCCGCGCGGCCGAGGAGGACGUGGAGGUAUGAUACCCCCUAUGCGAGGUCGAGGGGCCCCAACCCGCGGCCCAGGCAGAGGAGGCCCUUCCGCUCGAGGCCCUUCUAGGGGAGGCCGCGGAGGUGCUGGGCGUGGUGUAUCCGGAGCAAGGGGUCGCGGUGGCAUGCAGAAACAAACUACAGCAACACAACAGCGUGGCGGAAAGAGGAAGGCCGGAGCCGAUUUCAACCUAGGGCAAUCAAAGAGACGUAACAUGCAGGAUACGUGGGGAACCCAACCAAUCGCACAACAACCCUUGGACCAGUCCGGGGGCUACGGUGGUGCAGGCAGUUACGGAGCGGGAAAUGAAGCUCAGUGGUAUCAGGAUUCGUAUGGCCAAAACUGGGGUUAAGUUAAUCAAUUCAUUAGUUUGAUCAACCGAACUUUGAAAAUAAAAACCGGUUCAGCUUCUAUUUUUAACCCCCUCAGUAUUCGUUGGAUCAUACCAAAAUUAUCACAAUUCCACUGAAUGCCCUAGAUUGACACUUGGCAACAACUGUGACAAAAAAACAAAACAAUAAAGGCCUCGGGAUUUAUAUUGAUUGUAUAAAAAAAUGUGAUGUGAACAACGUGUUUUUUGAUAAUGUUUGUGCUUUUCUUUAUCAACAACGAUGAUGAUGAUGAACCGUGUGAAAAGAUCAGAAGAAAACGGUUUGGACAGGAUUCACGACACAAGAAAAGAGAGACCUUUCCAAAUAAAAAAAACAGAGGCAGCUGAACUCGACAAAGAUUUCAAAAUCAUAGUUUAAUUUGUUACAUAGGAAGCAAAUUUUUAUUGCUAAAAUUAAAACAAGUAAACUUAUUCAAAUGUUGAAAUCAAAGUUUUCAAACGGUACAAACUUAAAAUUAGUUGUGGUUUGUACCGUGCGUGUCUCUAUCCGAGAGAUGACAUUUUUUUUUUUUAAGCUAUCUCAUCGGAUGGGAUGAAAAAGAGUAGACUGUGUUCACACUCCAUCUGACAGUUUUGUUUUUUUUUUGUUUUUUUUUCCAAAAAAUUAAAAAAAAAAGGAACUGCAGCUUGUUUUCUAGACUCUUAAUGCUCCGCCAUAUUGAUUGUGGAUUCAAUUUAAAAAUCAUUAAAAAAAAUAGAUUAGUUUUUUGCUCUUGCUAUCAUGGAGGGAAAAUCGCGACCAUUUAAAAUCAUCUGGAUCAUUUUACGCAUAUGAAAAUAUUAUUUUUUAAAUUUUUUUGGCCUCUUAUAUCAUUUUGUAAUACAUGUAUCAUUAAAUAUUUUUUCUUUUUUUUUUUUGGUGUAAUUAUUCUUCGUUCCUUCCACAAGUCAGGAAAAUUUUAAUGUCAGUACAUCAUAUUUUUUUUGGCAUUUUAACUGGCGAUCAUCUCAAUAAAUUUCCUGUAAAAUUGAGGAAAAAUGUGGUUUUACGUGUAGAUGUAUAAAAAAAGAAAAAAUAAUCAAAAUAUAUAAACUA